UGCCUACGAGGAGUGCGUUUGAUUGUUGCAGGGCUCAAUGGCGGACAUAGCACGGUAGUCGCCUACAUAUAAACCGAGGACAAUAACAUCUCCACUCUGUCAAUUAGCUUCAGUCGUUUCUCGCCCGUCGCCGCACACGCUCGGUAUCCAGUUUGCGGUGCGUCCAGCGGAACAUUUUUUUUAACAGUUCCUAAAGGGGGUUUCAACCCUCUUUGAAUACUUUGGAGUUCCCAAGCGAGGAAGUUAACAGUGUUUGAUGGUGGCUCGAUAGAAGCGGCUUAGCUUGCGGGGGGGAAAACAUGGGGGAGUCUCUUGAAUUGGUCGGGAAACGUCUACUCUUGCUCUUUCGCGACGGCGGGACCGCCAACGGAGCCGAGCCGGAGCAGACGCUGCGAGCCCGGGACUGGCUGCGGGGGACGGUGCGGGCAGUGAGCGUCAUCGGCCUGGUCGCUGCGGAGCCGAGCGCAGGGGAGGCGACAACAACAACUCCUGCUGCGGGACUGACGGUGUUUGUGGAGUUUGAGAAUGCGUCAAAGCGGCGUUCGUGGGUGCAGGUGUACGAUGACAGUGUCAAGGCCGUGUUGGUGGAAGAUUCCGUCGUUUGGGCCAAUCGCAGCGCUCCAACUGGCACGGCGGGAUCAGCCAUAAUCUGGCCUGCUCUGACUUUCCAAUCACUUGUGGACAGAGUGGGUUUAGGAUCGGUACUUCCUGUGCAAUAUUUUGGAAACAACGACCUUGAGUUUCUCCCUGAUAAAAAGUCCAUCCACAGGUUUGAGGUUGAUAAAGACAUAAGACAUCCAUUGUUGUUGGAGCAGCCCUCUUUGCAGGCUGCCAUCUCCAGCUGGCGAAGUGACUUUGACCUACAGGAGAUACUGAGAAAGGGUUCAUACACAAUUCAAGGACGAAAGGUACGUGUCUAUAAACCAGAGUUUGAGGAAUGCUGGGCCCCAGGUAUUGUCUCCCAACAUGACCCAGUCUCACACAUUAUGGAAAUCAUGAUGGAUACGAGUAAAGAAAAACAAAUGGUGGACCCUCGUGUGAUACAAGUCAUGCUGGCCGAGGAAGAGCUUGGUAAGAAUGGUCGACGAAAGAUUGACAGUGAGACAUUGAAAGGGGACAAUAGUCGCAGGCGAAGGACUGCCUCUGGGGAAGAAGACACAAACCUGAAGCGUUUCAAAGGAGCGGCAGAAUCUGGAGCGGAUGGACAAAACUGUGACGAUUCCAACAACAUCUUGACAGAAGGGACAGAUGUGCGGGUAGGAGACUCCAGUGAGAAAGUCAGCAGCACAACCAAAAACGGAAGCUCCUCAGAGGGAACAUUUCUUCAAGGCAAAGUGUUGUCGGCCCACACCAAUUCCGUCCAGAUGGAUCAAUCAAAUGUUGCCCAGGCGUGUUAUUACACCCACGUAAAAGAAAAUGGACGGACACUGUCCACACAAGGGGCAGCGGACUCAACCACUUCUGUUUCUCAUACGCCCAUUCCUCCUCCCCUUAAACCAGCACCCUCUCCCUUCUCUGCCUCAUCGUUCCCCCCUUUUGGCCAGAUGCCAAGCCUGGUCCCGGGAGCCCUGGUGCCCAAGAUUACCCUGAACCCCCAGCCAGCCAGAGAAGAGGCUUCCCAGUCUUUUUCUAAAACCGCUGCGCUUGUUUCCCCUGGACCCGUCACCAUUUCUUGGUCUUCACCAGACAGCAGCCCGAGUGUGGCGCUGUCUGCUUCUGUGGGCUUCAUUCCCAAGGCACCCGCUUGGGGAACGAAGACUGAGGGAUCGAAAACUGUGUCUAGUUUCCGUCUACCCGCUGUGCCUGCUAGUCCUGUAUUUGGAGAGGUUACCUCACAAACCAACGGCACUCCAGCUGCUUCUACAACCUCCAAGGACACUUCCAGACAAUUUGGCUUUGGCUUUGGCAGAGAUAAGAGUGAAACUCAAUCUCAGCAAGAGCAAAACCUUUUUUUCCAAUGCAUGACCAAGAAUUCAGACACCAACCCAGGCUUAGCAGCUGCACAAAGCCAGUCCAAGGACACAAAUUAUUUUGCUGCGGUGUCUGAAACCUUAAGUAAGGAGGCCCCAAACCUUUUCAAGUCCUCUGCAGAAGGGAUGAAAAAACUAGAGCAGCCCAAAAUGCCUGAAACCCAUCCAACAGGAAAUGGUGUGAUGGUCUCGUCGUCAGCCUUCCCGGGCAUGGGUACCACGGCUGCAGGAAAGGGUUCUUCCAUUGGUGGUAUGGCAGCACCAUCUGGACAACAAAAUCUUUUAAAGAAUUGUAAUAAUGGCACAUCUACAGCAGGUGUAGUAAUGCAGUCUAGUUUUAAACCGUUAGAGAGCCAUCAGAACCUUUUUCUGCAAGGCGCCAAAGAACCACCUAAUCCAUUCUUGGCCUAUGGGGACAAAAACGCGCAUUUGUUGUUUGCUGGACAUUCUAGUGCUGAGCCUGGUUCGGACAACAAGCCAAACCUUUUCACUAUGGCAGAGCCACCUAAGGGAAUUACAGCUUCCUCAUUCUCAGCACUCUCAUCCACUGCCUCACCUAGUUCUUCAACCUCUUCAGCACCGACCACAACUCAAAUGUCACAGAACGAAGGCACUCUGAUAAAGGACGAAAAGGCAGUUGGGGAGAUGCCGUCAUCCACCUCGGGUAGCUCUGUUUUUGGAAUCGCUGGCUCCGCUAGAAUGAAUGAGCUGCCUGUGUCUUUCGACCUUAACCCGAGCCAGAAGUUUUCCUUGGAGGAAAGAGCCCAGUCCACCAAACGUGACUCAGAUUUGAGCAGUAACAGCGACCUGUCAGACCUGAGUGAGAAUGAAGAUGGUCCAGACAAAGGCCCAUCCAUUGGAAUAAUGUCAUACCCAGCGAAGGGUGGGGGCAUGCUGCAGAAAAUUAAAGUCCAAGGCGCUGCGAAAAGCCGUCCACGCAAUAAGCCUUUCAAAGUGGGACAGUCUGUGCUGAAAGACCAAAGUAAAGUGCGGCGUCUGAAGCAGUCUGGCGAGUCCUUCCUUCAGGACGGCUCGUGUAUCAACGUGGCCCCACACUUGCACAAGUGCCGCGAGUGCCGCCUGGAGCGCUAUCGCAAGUAUCGCACUACAGACGACGAUAGCGAGGAUGAGGACGAUCCAAACGUGGCAUGUCGUUUCUUUCACUUUCGAAGGUUGGCGUUCACCCGUAAAGGCAUGUUGCGUGUUGAAGGGUUUCUAAGCCCCCAGCAGAGCGACUCAAUGGCUAUGGGUCUCUGGCUACCUGCACCCACUGUGCAAGAAGGCCUCGACCUUGAUACAUCCAAAUAUAUCCUGGCUAAUGUGGGCGAUCAAUUCUGCCAGCUGGUCAUGUCCGAGAAAGAGGCCAUGAUGAUGGUGGAACCUCACCAGAAAGUAGCAUGGAAACGUGCCGUGCGAGGGGUGAGGGAAAUGUGUGAUGUGUGUGAGACCACUUUGUUCAACAUCCACUGGGUGUGCCGCAAGUGUGGCUUUGGAGUGUGUCUCGACUGUUAUCGGCUUCGCAGGAACAGACCGAUGGAGGAUUUAGAUGAAGGUCCAGAAGAUGAGGUGUUCUCUUGGUUGAAGUGUGCAAAGGGCCAACCUCAUGACCCACAGAUCCUCAUGCCGACACAGAUUAUUCCGGGGACAGCUCUUUACAACAUAGGGGACAUGGUUCACUCAGCAAGAGGAAAGUGGGGUAUUAAAGCCAACUGUCCUUGCACCAGUCGACAUACUAAAUCUUUUGUCCGCAAUAGCACCCCCAAUGGAAUUUCACAGCAGUCGACAACAAACAGUGGUGGCAUCCUCGGAGCUGCAUCCUCUGUCUCGAGUGCCACUCUGAAGUCAGAAGGCGAAGCAUCAACUAUCAAAACUGAAAGUACACAAUCCCCGAUAUCAUCCAGUGGCGGAGGAGGGGAUAGUGUGGGUUGCACUAGUACCAGUACUAGCAACUCGACCAGUGGUACAUUGUCCCUCAGUAACCUCGCACAGUCCUCCACUAAAGAGAUGCGGCCAUCAGUAGAUGGCAACAGCUCCCUCAGUAACCUCGCACAGUCCUCUGCUAAGGAGUCACGGUCAUCAGGAGAGGGCAACAGCUCCGCCCUGCACUGGCUGGCAGACUUGGCAGCACAGAAAUCCAAGGAUGACACAAAAGACUCUGGUUCUCUUCGUGCCAUAAUGAAUCGAGAAAGUCGGCCUCCUUUUGGACUGGACUCCUUAAGUUGCCUAUCAAGGCCUUCUGCUUCUAGCCCCAAGCUCUUCAACAGCCUUUUGCUGGGCUCUAGUGUGACCCAGUCCAAACCUGAAGGUUCCAGUCUCCGGGACUUGCUCAACUCCGGACCCGGCAAGCUUUCCCAGGGAUCUGGAGAGAGUGGGGUACCAUUCCCGUCGGUCUUUACCUCUGGAGGCGGUGACAAGCUAAAGAGCAGCCUUCCCAACUUUCUGGACCACAUUAUUGCUUCAGUAGUGGAGACCAAGAAGGCAGAAGGCCGUCGUACGGGAACCUCUGAGGGAAGUGAGCUUGGUGUGCUGGGAGCCCGUAAAGAUGGCGUAAUGGGCCUCAGUGUUUUGGAGCCACAUACCUCACACUCCUGGCUGUGUGAUGGGCGCCUCCUUUGUCUCCAGGACCCUAGAAAUACCAACAACUGGAAGAUCUUUAGAGAGUGCUGGAAGCAAGGACAACCUGUGUUGGUGUCAGGGAUACAUAAACGACUGAGAACUGAGCUGUGGCGCCCUGAGGCCUUCAGCGAGGAGUUUGGAGACCAGGAUGUAGACUUGGUCAACUGCAGAAACUGUGCCAUCAUUUCUGAUGUGAAAGUGCGAGACUUCUGGGAUGGCUUCCAGAUAAUUUCCAAGCGACUGCAGGAUAGUGAAGGUCAGCCUAUGGUGUUGAAACUAAAGGACUGGCCACCAGGAGAAGACUUCAGGGACAUGAUGCGCUCACGGUUUGAUGAUUUAAUGGACAACCUUCCCUUGCCUGAGUACACUAAAAGAGAUGGCCGGUUAAACCUUGCCGCUCGCCUUCCUAACUUUUUUGUGCGACCAGAUCUAGGACCCAAGAUGUACAACGCUUAUGGGCUGAUCUCGAGCGAAGACAGAAGGGUGGGCACCACCAACCUCCAUCUUGAUGUCUCUGAUGCUGUCAACGUCAUGGUUUAUGUUGGUAUACCUCAAGGAGAAGGAGACCAAGAAAAAGAGGCAGAUAUCAAUGGACGCAAAGAGGUCAUGACCACUAUUGAGGAGGGAGAUGUGGACGAAAUGACCAAGAGGAGGGUGUACGAAGCAAAUGAGAAACCGGGAGCUCUCUGGCACAUCUAUGCGGCCAAGGACGCUGAGAAGAUCAGAGAAUUGCUCCGCAAGGUGGGAGAGGAACAGGGUCAGGAGAACCCUCUAGACCAUGACCCAAUUCAUGACCAGAGCUGGUACUUGGACCAGAUCCUCCGUCGCAGACUUUAUGAAGAAUAUGGUGUCCAGGGCUGGGCCAUUGUGCAGUUCCUAGGCGAUGCGGUUUUUAUACCCGCUGGAGCUCCACACCAGGUACACAACCUGUACAGUUGCAUCAAGGUGGCUGAGGACUUUGUGUCUCCAGAACAUGUGAGACACUGUUUCAGACUGACCCAGGAGUUCAGACACCUUUCCACGACUCAUACGAACCAUGAAGACAAGCUACAGGUGAAAAACAUCAUCUAUCACGCUGUGAAGGACGCUGUCGGCACGCUGAAGGCCCAUGAACCCAAACUAGCACGCCCAUAGGCACUAACCCUGUCCUGAGACCAUUUCUUUACAUGCAGACACUAUUACACACACACACACACACACACACACACGUAUAAGGUGCAGAGUACAGGUAUCAAGUGUGGUGUUUAUAUAUGGGCUUAGAGCAUGUCAAAUGUAUGGAAAGGAUUCAACCUGGUUUUGGACUUGUGGGCGCCACUUUGAAGGAAAUCCUUUAUCGCUGUCACACAGUACGCUCAAACUUGUCUAGUUUUCCCAUUUUUAUUUCAAAAAAUUUUCUUUGAAUAAUUGUAUUUAAGGUUCAUUGUGUUUGUCGUUCCCAUUGUAUACGUAUGUAUGUGAGUAACGGAGGUAUAAGCUGGCGUGCCUUGGCAGCAGAUGUUUAGCGACCAUAUACGAAACUGAAAUGUCCGUUCCAGGCUCAUGUUUCUAUUUUAAUGACGUUGACGUAUUACUUCAAUAGACGCAAGGUUAACCUGUUUUUGUAGAAUUUUUUUGCUGUUCUUGCAGUUUUGGAGUGUUUUCCAGUGCUUCUACCCUAAGCGGCUGAAAUGUGUGAAGCAGCCAGUGAAGGGAAGCAGACCAAAGUUUUGUAUUUUUAGUUUCACUUUCAAAAUAACAAGAUUUUUCUUUUAUUAUACACCUGUUAAUCAUUACACGGGUGGAUUUCAUAGAAAAAAACAUUUUUUGGGGGGGUUACUUUGUUUCAUAGGCUGAACUGCAGAUUUGCAACAUUGUUCUAAAAUCACAUUUGCAGCUGAACAGAACUACUGGUCAUUAACAUUGUAUCAAUAUAUUAAUUGAUCUUAGCGGUUUGUUUGAUUUUUCACAAUAAAGGUAAGAAAAAGG